ACUGUUAUACGAUCUCACCGGACAUCAGCCAAGAAGAGUUUGAGAAUCUGUUAGAAGAUUCAACCUUUGUAGACUUUUUCAACACAUUUCUCUCUCUUCCAAUUUUUGGCAAAAGGCUUCGCUAUAGCACAUCGGAUGGCACCUUUGAGAUCGACCCUCCCAUCAAGAGAACCUGUUAUCACGUCAUUCAAGCUAAAAUCGAAAUAUGGGUCCGAAAAUCGCGUUUACCAUUCUUCUUGAAGACUGACUUGUUUCUGGAUUACUCGCUAUGCAAGUUAAUCGUGAAUGCGACCAAUGAAUCCAACGUGUUGGUUGCAAUGUACUUGAGCAGCGUGGAGGGAAUGCACGCCUUUCGACGCUUCCUUCGCGGCACCAUGGGAGAACACAUCUUCUCCUUCUGGUUAGACGCCGAACGUUAUCACCACCAAACCAAACCACAAAACAGACGCUACAGUUUUCGAGAGAUUCAAAACAAGUACCUCAAGGGAGGAUCUCCAUUCGAGCUGACAGAAUUAAUGAAAUGGCAAAGUAUGUGUGGAGGAUUGAACAACGAAUUGGACGGCAAAUCUUUUUCUGCUCCUGUUGAGUUCACCAAGAGACUGUGUCAACCAAACAUCUCGGUUUUCUCGGACAACAUAUUUGUUCCUUUACAGAAAAUAAUAUUAGAGCAACUGAGGUCCUACUGGGCACCUAAAUUCGUGGUACACAGAGAGAAGAUAAGAAUGCGUCACAAGGACCAUCGAGGCAGAGUGUUGAGAAAGCAGUCCAUAAUUACCGACCUUGGACCGGACGCUGAAAGACUCAAAUCUUUGAGAGAAAUGUCGCGAAUCAAGUACGAAAGAACCGGUGAUCGAGCAGAUGUGGAAACAGUCGAGGAAUACAUGCAGCUACAUAGGCCCGAUUCCUCAGACAGCACCAGUGAACUCGAAGCAGAAGAGGAGGAGAGACAGAGGAAUGCGCGCUGGCAUAAAUGGUUUUGGGGGAUUGUGGAUAGCGAAGAGAAUGGUGAGGAAGAGCAAGGUGAAGCAGAACAAGCAGGAAUAGAAGGAGGAGGAGGAGCAGGUGUCACCCCAACGCCUGACGGAGAAAUCCGACAACCACAUGGCAAAUCCCCUCACGCAACAACUGGAGCUAAACCACAGAAAAAAAGACAUAAGGACUUGAGAAGAGAAUUUCAAAGGUACUCGAGGCCAAUCGCACACGUUGCACCACAACAACAACCACCCAAAGUAUCCCCAGAAACGACAUCCGAGGAAAGUUUCGAAGGGACAUCAGACUCUGCUACAUCGUCAACACCGGAGGAAAGUACUGAAGAAUCAAUAGAGACACCAACUAGUGUUUACAGCUAUCAUAUCACUGGUACGCCGACAGGUUUAAAGUCUAGCUCUUCGUCUCCUUUUCCUUUAAACAAGAGAGCACUGAGCGGAGGUAGCUCGGCGUCAGACUCUGCUUUGUCUACGCCAGACACCCUAGAAGAACUGAAAAGGAGAAUAGGAGAAGGGACAUUUGGCCAGGAAGAGAGCGAAGAAGCGGAGAAAAGAAGAAGCAGGAAGGAAGUUGAUCGGGAGAAAGAUGGCAGGGGUCUUGCAAGGCGAAAGGUAUCUACUAUUGAAGAAAAGGUGGUUCCAAAGAAAAAACAGAUAUUUCCCAGGGAUAUAAGGAGGCAGAUAAGAUUCAAUUUAGCUCAUCCUGAUCAACCAUACGCGCUUGCACCCCCCGACAAGAAGGGCAAGAUUACAAUGUUUGAAGCCUUGCAUUCAGACGGCGUUGGCCGUAAAGAUGAAUGGAUGACAUCGUACGAAAAACGCUACACUCCUGAAGGGGAAUAUUACACGACCACACUGGAAGCCAUUGAGAAAGCUCCCCUGCCUCGGUUGAUCCAGCUUGGGGUAGCACCAGGUGACGUGAUGGGAGUGUUCAACAAACCUCGUACGGCACUCCCCUAUCAUAUAUUGGAAUUGCAAAGAAUUCUUCAAGAUGCUGCUUCACAAUCAGGUGGUAUACUGGCUGCAGUAGCAUCAGACCGACUAGCGGGUGGACCGUUCUACGAUUACCUAGAAAGAAUACGCGAAGACACAGCACUCAUUCGCCUGCAGUUCUGGAACGAGGCUCAGCGGUAUCUUGCACCACCAGAAAGCCUUGGUCCAAUGAACAAGUACCGUAUGGCUAUGACUCUUAUUGGAACCUUCCUUCUUCCUGAUUCCCCACGUAUUGUUCCAGUUAAUUCAAGAUCAAGAAAACAGUUGAUUGACUUGCUUCCGAUCGACCAAGGAGAUGCUCUACUUACUCAUGUAUCCCAUAAUGUAGUUCAGGACCUUUCAACACUCGUCUUACAGUUUAUCCGUGCAGAUGAGGACCACUUUACAAGCUCAGUGACAAGAUACAAGAAAAUUGUACGAGUCCCGCCCAAGGUAGAGGUGCUAAAGGAGAAGGGAGAAGACGAUUCAGAGUCGGAAGAAGAAGAAGAAGAAGAAGAAACGGAUUAUCUCAGCGAUGACGACACGAGUAAACUGGCCAAUCUAAACAUGUUACGUGCCCUGCAAUUGGUGAUCAGUCUUCAGGAUCCUGGCUUCGACGAAGGCGAUGAUGAAGAGGAAGAAAUAGACGAAAGCGAAAAGAUUCCUUCUUUGAAAGAAGUCAAUAAACAGCGGGACAUGGAGCGAGCGAGGAGAGUGUCGCAUUUCUAUGGACAGAUUAAGAAGGAAGUCGCGGAGAAGAAAGAAGAAGAUGCACAGGUUGUUAGAGUACGACCAAACAGACCAAGGACUUUCCAAGAGUGUCUUCACGAGACGGCACAAUUUGCAUGGUUUCGAACUUAUCUUCAAGAACAGUCAUCGGAAACUCCUCUUCUCUUCUGGGAAGCUGUUGAAAACAUGAAGAAUAAUUGUAAAGAUGCCAAGUCUCGACGGGGCAGGGCCAACGUCAUCGUGAGGAAGUAUUUCAUCAACAUUGAGGUGCCUGCUACUGAGAAUCUACAAUGCAAAGCGGACAUCAUUCGGGAUAUUCCUGUAUUAGACAAGGUCACACCACCCAUGCUAAUCUCUGCUCAAACCUGUGUGGCCAGAACACUGGAGGAGCAAUGGUUUCGUAAAUAUGUGGGCACAUUCCCUGAAGAGGACCACAGUGAAACCUUAAACAAGUACGCCAUGAGAAACACACUUGCUGGAGUGGCCAAGAUAGCGGCUCACGGAAAGACGCGCGRUUUGUGGGCGAUGUUUGCAAGUAACGUUAGAAGUUUCCAGAAGGGAAUAAACACCAUUAAACUGGAAAGAGAAUUCAUUGAUUUUCUCAAAAAGGAAAAAGAGAUUACCAUAGAACACAACAACCGGAGACAUGCCUUAAACCCAACAAAAAGAAUGAUCAACAACAGGUCCAUCGCCACAGAGAAACUGGUGAAUGACUUGGCAUUCUGGAAAGAAGUUCUCAAGUUCAAAGAAAUGGUAGACAAUGCAACAGAGUGUGCCAAGAGUGGGAACUACAGCACAGAUGACCAAAAACAGGUUGAGAGUAAAGCAAACACAAUUGCAAGGGUGUAUAUUGACUCUGAUCUACCACCAAAGAUACAGAUCAACAUAUCAACGGAUCAGGCAGAAAAUAUCUCCAACCUUGUUCGAUCAGGGAUGAUUGAACGUGGGAUCUUCCAUGAAGCGGCACUGGCUGUAUUCACUACACUCAUUCACUACUGGAAAAAAUUCAUGGUUGAACGAAGAAGAGAGAUCAAAGAGAAGCAGCAGCCUUCAAAGAAAGCAAAACAACAUAAAAAGGGUAAAGAAAUGAGUAAAAGACGUCUAUCGUUCCUGGCUGGGAUCCCCUAUAGAAGGAUAUACAUCACGCAAGAUGAAGAGAUUCGGUGGACAUAUUCUAUUCUUCAUGGUUUACGUCUUGCAAUCCCUGUAAAGAUGAUGCCUCGUAGGAUGACCCGUAUGUACGGCCACCAAGGAGAACUGGGCCUGUAAUAGUAUUAAAUAUAAUAAAGAAUGCAAAACUUUUGUGUA